AUGUCCGGCCUUCCAGAAGGCUGGGAAGCCGACUAUGAUGGCCGUCGCUGGUUCUACAAGUACAAACCCACGGGACACAUCCAGUACCACUUCCCCAAGGAAGGCGAUGAGUUUCCGGACUUUAUUGAUAGUUUUUCACCCGCGCCGGACCUUGCGCCCGAAGAACGGCUCGAGUCGCAGCAACAGGUUCGGCGCCAUGGGAGUACCACCGCGGCGCCGGCCAGGCUGAGCCCCAAGAAGGACGAUGGAGGGUAUGGUAUGUCGGCUACGGCGCGACCGGUGAGUAUGACCUGGGAUGGAGCGUUCGAAGAGGAGAGCACGGUUUUUCAGCCAGAAAACUUUAUGUACCUCGGGCCAGGGACGUAUACCGAUGUGAGUCCGCUAGCGGAAGAGGAAGAGGAGGCUGCAAGGAGAGUUGUUGCGGGGGGCAUCGAAGGGAGAGUCGACAAGAGUCCUUCAAAGGGUGUAAGUCCUUUGAACAGCGAAAGGACAACGCCAUCUCAAAGCACUGCAAACGCAGGCCCUAUCGCAGGAGAACCAGUAUUGGUGCCGCCUACAGUCGUCGAAGAGAUUCACGAAAUGCCGAGCCAUGAGCCUCCGCCAGCACCUGAUCCUGUGGGCAUCAUCGCAGAGAUGCCGACAUACGAUACGGCUCAAGCACACAUCGAAAAACACCCUCCACCGAUCGAGAUGGCGGAUAAUACAGUUCUGGCGCCUAUAGAAACUGCAGUCCCGGUGGCUGAGUUACCAGAGCGAACGAGUCCAAUAGAAAAGAAGAAAGAUGAACCACAACUCGCGCCUGGAUCGCUGAGGAACUAUAGCAUACCCAUGCGGCCGUUGAAGAUUGAUAAAAAUCCACUUGAGGAUGCACCACCCAUGGUUCAACCAUACAAGCCAGAAACUCGUAUCGAGAUACCACCAAAUCCGGCGCCUCUGCGACGAUCGACUUUUCAACCUGGCGAACCAAUGGCUAAUUCGAGUCCUAUUCGACCACCCGACAGAGGUCACGCUGGUACGCCCAACGUGCUCUCGCCGCCUCAAGUGCCGCCUAAGCGUCCAUUAGAUGAACCAUCUCAACCUCAAAUACCUUUUAAGCCAGCUUUCGAUCAGUCUUCUCGGGCUAAUUUACCACCAGUUGCCGCUAAAAAUGCACCAUAUAUCCCAGGGCAAGAGCCAGAAUUAUCUCACAUGCCAUCUGUGUUGAAGCCUGCACGUGGGAAAGGCCCUGGGCAGCCUGAACCUGGUCCUACGAGACCGCCACAGGGCCAUGUUUAUGUGCCACCCACACAAGGAAAACAUCCGCCGUCCAUGACUCCAGCACCUAUGGUUCAGCAACAGCGCCUUGAGGAACCGCGAAUGGGUGUCCAGAGAAUCAAUACUGUACCUGAUUCAUUGCCUUCCCAGAGGCCACAAUCUGUGAUCCAAAAUGGGCAUCAAGGACUGCCACUUAGUACAGCUAAUCGGCCGCAUAUGCCAAAACGGCCUGCCAGCGUGAUGCCUGACAUGAUGGGAACGCAAACGCAGGCUCAAUAUCGGAGUCCAAUCGAGGGCGUUCCACCCAAAAACCUGCCCCGAUCUGCAACAGCCGGACCUGGAACUCAAUUUCCUCCAUAUCCAGUCGAUAAUCUGCCUUAUCCUGACGACCGACCAGCAUUUCGUAGAGAAGAUCCUCCAUAUCCCGAAGAGCCAUUCGUGCAAAAAACUUCCAUACCAGAUCGAGGCCCCGUUAAUCCGUCUCCUCCGCCUCACAAUAAUCGACGGCAUUCAUCAUACAGCUCUGCUAUCGUCUCGCCUGACUCGCGACAUGGCAGCAUGUCUUUUCCUACUCAGACACCUUCUCCAAUGGAACACAGUCGUCGUGCAUCUACCACUUCAAGUUCUAUUCCCAACUACACACCUUCGCCCGUGUCAAAUACGCCGCCAUCUACGCAGGGCUUGUCGCUAACGCCCCCUCCUGCUACAGGAAACCAAUAUCCUCAGGGGUCUUACUUCAACGUGCAAGAUGCUGAGGGUCAGAGUUAUAAUCCUGCUGCUCGAGAUGUGCUGCGUAGGCAGUCUCUGAGCCGUGGUGUAGACCCAAGACGCAACUCUGUUGGUACAGAUCCUGUCACUGUUCAACGUGGAUCGCCUCUGGCACAGCAGACAGUUCAAGGUUACAACACAGUGCCGCAAGGACUACCGCAUUCUCAGUCUGUACCACAGGUAUCCCAGGUUAAUACCGCUCUACAGAGCCAGCGUCCCGUUGCUCCCACGCCACCUCCGCAAGGCCAGCAGGGCCUCGGACGCAUCGAAGAAUAUGAAGAAGUUCCAAUCGGAACUAUCAGUCGAUCAUCAACAGCAAGUAUAACGUCCGAAACAAGGAAAGGAUCGUUUUCUUCGUCGGCACAGCCAAGUCCAAUGGGGAGUCGAAGAGCUAGUUGGCAAGCAGAAGGUCCGAGGAAUGUCCCACCUGGUCAGUUCCAAGGGCAGCAGAUCCAAGCACCCCAGAGUAAUAUGGGACAGCCCGUGCCUCAAGGGCAAGUUUCUCAAGCUGCUCCCAUGCCACCACAAAAUCUGCAACAACUGCAAAGGAAGCCUUCUCAAGGGAAUGCGCAUCACCUUCAGGGUCAACAAGUACCUAUGCAUGAUCCGAGAGUACCUCGAGGGAUGCCGCAGCACCAAGGUGUUGUACCACAUGGGCAGCUUGUUCAGGGACAAAUGUUUCCACCGCACGCUCAGAGCAGAGCGCCCCAACCCGGACAGAUAAACACGCAGGUUCAAAAUGCUCUUCAGGGACCUGUACCGCCUGUGCUGCCUCCCAAACCUGUACCAAUGAGGCUGCAAAAACGAUCUACCUACGGUCCAUCAAGCCCAGUAGGGCAAACAGUUCCUCAAGGACCUUUACCUCCUAGCCUGAAAGGAGAGAACCAAAUACAACAGCAAGGUCCCAUUACAAGCCAGAUGCCUCCCCCAGGGCAGCCAACCCUCCUCCAAAAAGCGCAUCCCAGCCGAGUACAGCCUCACGUUCAAAUUCCCCAAGACCAAGGAAGCUGGCAGCCUAACCCGCACCCCGUGAUGCCUCAAAACACACGGCCAGUGUCUAUGCAGCCUCAGUCAACACAGAGUGCUGGUUCGAAAGAAGGCAAGGAGGGGAAGAAAUGGUUGAAAUGGCUGAAGGGUGGUUCCAAGUCUGUUUCGCAUAGCCCGACUACACCAGUCAUUUCUUCGCCUAUAUCACCAGUUAUUGGACGCCCAGGCUGGGGCGGGGGAGAAUAUUCACAGCAGGCUGUAUGGCAACCUGGGCAAGCUAUCUCUACUGGGCCGCAGCCAGGUCUUCAGGGAAACAUGCCGCCGCCUCAGUCGGUGCAGAUGCAGAUGCAGACGCAGAUGCCUCCUCAGCCUGUGCAAAUAGCCCCUCAGCAGGCGCCGGUACAAUCUCGACCUGUUCAGAGACAAUCUCAUUCUUUUCAGACGGUUCAUGAGUCAGAUAAAAUGGGCUUUCAAGCUGGCCAACCCGGUCAAAUGCCUAUUCACUCUAGGCAGAUACCUCCUCAAGCAGAACACUUGCCGCCUCAAAGGAAAUAUUCGCCUCCCCAGCAGGUCCAGACGCCUAUACGACAGGAACAAAUGGCCCCUCCUCAGAAUCAAAUGCCUUCCCAGCCAAGGCAGCUAUCCUUUCAGAAGAGACUGUCGCUUCAGCAGACGCCAACACCAGCGCAGUCUAACGACAUGGCUAUGGCGCCUAGCCAGGGUCCGCCACCAGGCCCAGCACCAAUGCAUUCUCAACCUGAACCUCGAGCAUAUCGCGUAACCGCACAAUCUACAGCAGGGCCUCCAGUAGAGAAGCCAGCGAAUUCACCAGCAAAUUUCUCACGGUCUGUUAAGGAAGCGCCUGUGGGGAGCCAGCCUGAUAGCGUCGCUCGUCAACAAGUAAUACCACCCUGUCAACCUUCUCCUGGUGAAGUUCGACCUUUGGAACAAGCUCCUGUGCCUCGGUCUAAAACACCUGAAACCACUCAGCCGCUCCAGACCUCUGCAUCCCAUUAUCUCCAGCCUGAUUCGACUGUUAAUGAAAGUCUGUCGCCACAUGCACCGGCAGCGAGUCCAGGCCAUUCUGAUACAGCCAACACUCCUUUGAGUCGCAUGUCUUCUCAAAAAAGCUAUUUCUCUGACGCCGGUUCGAUCACAACAAUCGAAGUGGCACAAGCCCAGCCACAGGCUGUGUUGAAGCCCUCUAUCGUCCAAGUGAAACGGAAAUCGACAGGCAUGUGGCGCCAAUCCCAAGAGAUCCAGCAACACAAUGCUUCCCAGUCGAGCUCAGACGUCACUCCAAGGAUCUCUGCAGAGACACCUCGUGCUGGAACAGAGCCAGCUUUGCCACCCUCGAGUCUUCAACAUCAGCAAACCGUUGCACAACCUGGACCUGCUCAUGAGAUGGAUACCCUCAAGUACGAUAACACUACGGCACCCUUGUUCCACGAUUCCAGUGCUCCAAAGACUGCUCAAAUUGAUACUCGGGACGAACACAAGAACAAAGAACCAGCAGCGCCAUCAAAGUCUGAACAGCCCUCGGCUGCUGACACAAAUAACGAUAUCGCCCCGCUUGAACAGAACAAUCACGUUGUCGGAGUCAAAACAAACGAGGUGCAGUAUGCUCCUACCAAACCAGCUCCUCUGGUGGAAGACAAAUGGGCAAAGAAACCGGUGGUAGAUUAUUCUGGUGGAGAUUGGGGAGACGAUGAUGACUGGGACUAUUGA